AUAUAUCUCAGAAAAAAAAAUUUCAGCUGUUUUCAAUAACCAAGAUUUUUGUUUCAUAAGCUAACAAUAAUAAAUAUUUAUCUGUUCGAAAUGCCACCAGAAUAUGAAAUACAUAACAGCUUUCACAAAUUCCAAGUGAUUCCCGACGUUUUAAGUUAUUCUCCUGACCAAUAUUUGCAAAUUUUAUAUCGUACUGGUGAAGUAGUAUGGGGUGGAAAUGAAAUAGAACCGACAUAUCUUAAACAAGCGCCCUAUGUUAAUUGGAAUACAGAUUCCAAUGCUACUUACUCACUAAUGAUGAUCAAUCCAGACCAACCAAAUCGUGCCAGACCUGUUUACCGUGAAUUUCUUCACUGGCUUAUUGUAAAUAUACCUGGUAAUAGACUGGAUUAUGGCAAUGAACUUGCUGAAUAUAUUGGACCAGUGCCACCGAUGAAUACAGGCUUGCACAGAAUAGUAUUUUUGGUUUUCAAACAACCAUGUAUACUAAAUUUUGAAGAAAAUUUUAUUUCUGAAAACAAUGGUAUGGAUCGUUUAUCCUUUUCUUCAAAGAAGUUUUCUGCAAAAUAUGAACUUAAUCAUCCUAUUGCUGCCAAUUUUUUUCAAACCGAAUUUGAUAGCUAUGUACCAGAACUGGAACAGCAACUAUUUGGAUAAUGGAAGAGUAAUAUCUUUUUUCUAUAUGUUUUAGUAUUGAAAGAAAUUACCUUUUUCUUAAAUCAUAGUUUUUAUAUAUUUUAAUCUCUAUUCUUCAAGGUGUUCAAUAAAUUU